AUGUUAGAUCUUAAAUAUCAAAGGGCUACAAGAGAACAUAUUUUUGCAGCUAAGGAGGAAUUACAUCAAUUAGCAGAAAUAGCUUGUGAAGAAGAAGCAAGGAAGGCAGCUCAGGCCAACUGGAAGAAGGCUCAAGCUCAGGAUUGCGCACAGGAAGCGGCAAAGAUAUUAUAUCAUCAGAAGCAAGCAAAGAUGCUAUCUGAAAGAGAGAAGGCUAGAUCACAAGCAAGAGCUCAAGAAGACUUACUUCAGCAUAACAAGACUGUCAAACAGGUCCUUAAUCAAGCUGCAAAAUUGAACCAUAAGGAAGAAGUUGACGGAGAGGAUGGAGACAGCCGAAGUGAAGAAGACGACAAAAAUGAAGAUAAUUCUGUCUCUGAAGGACAAGUUGAGAUGCAAAUAUAA